GACUUCAACAGUCGGCUUGUUCUUAUAGGUUGUCCCGGCAUUGUUGAUGAUGAUGUCGAGACCACCAAAUUGUUCAAGAGCAAGUUUCAACAGGGCUUGCCAGUGUUCCCUCUUUGUGACAUCUGCUACUGAAAAAUGGCAUCCCAGCUCCUUUGCUGCCGCCUCAGCAGGUUCCUGAGAGAGAUCCGCAAUGAUGACUUUGGCUCCUUCGGCAGCAAACUUGGCCGCUAUACCCUUGCCAAACCCACUGGCACCGCCCGUCACUAUUGCAACUUUGCCUUCAAGCCGGCCUUGUACCAUGAUGCUUUGACUCUGUGGAAAUUAUCUGCUCUCAGGCCUCGAAUGCUGGCAAGUCGUGAGGCGAUACGAACGACAGACUAGACGAAAGAAUCUGAUCCUCCGCAAUUCUCUUGGCCUCCACUGUCAGCGAAUCACACCAACAGAUGCUCCCUCGCGUGGAUGCUUUGCUGGCAGUGCCUGUCUCGCUGUCCCUCGAAGUCAGCUGACUGGUCGUGCUCCGGACAGGGACCGCCAUCAUUAUUGCUGGGUGGUACCUUCCGAUCCCCAGAGUGUUUGGCGGCAAGUCCCACUACCGCGGGGAUCUCUCUUGCUGGUGAUGAACUCACAGCCAUAUUCCCCAGAAGCUUUGGGAUCAUGAUGUUGGCACAUCCGUUGAUGUGGCGUUCUUGAAUACGUGCCACGAACACAGCUUGUGGGGAAACCUUUCUCAUGCAUUCAGACUCUACUCCGUCGCGUCCGUAUGUGGCAACGAAUCUAUGUACCGCCUCGCGAUUGUCUUUGACUUGCUUCGAGUGAUGCCUGGUGCUUCCUGCCUCGCGAUCUCGGCUUCCGUUCCGCCAGCGAUCAUUGCAUAGGACCGCAACACCAUGCCCGUGCAAUCUUUCUCCUUCUUCAUCCAAGUUGAUCCGAGGAUGAUGAUGCGGGGAAUGGGUCAUGAUUUGGAGAAUAUCAAAGUUGUUUUCACUAACUAGGAGUUUUCCGAGGCUGUCCUAGGCCGUCCCUGGGUGCUGGGAUCAAUAGCAAGUUCUCGAGCAGACAAGGCGACAGUACUUGGAUCGUGAGGAGUAAUGUCACCCUCGCCGAGCAUCAUCAAGGCCUCCGAGGUGCAAAAGCACAAUAAGGCGGACGACAUAUGGAUUGUGGUAGAUGGAAAGGUGUACGACAUUACCAGGUUUGCCCCGGAGCAUCCUGGAGGUGCACAAAUCAUCUAUGCCUAUGCUGGCCGUGACGCUUCUCAGGCUUACAACGAGAUACAUGAGCCAAAUCUCAUCAAGUCUAAUCUCCUACCCGAGGAAGCGAUUGGGGAUCUGGACCCAACGACGAGCUUUCCGGACGCAUCAACGAGUUCAGGGUCAGCAUUGCCGCAGAAGCAAGGAGCGAAGCCGUCUCUGGAUGCACUGCUCAACCUAAAUGACUUCGAGGAGGCAGCCCAGCAUUCUAUCUCGAAGAAGAGCUGGGCAUUCAUCUUUGGGGCGUCAAACGACAACAUAACACGAGAUGCAAACAAGAACUUUUUCCAAAAGAUCUGGUUCAGACCGAGAACCUUGAGAAACGUCGCCACCGUGUCGACCAAAGGCUCGAUGCUUGGAUGCAAUGUUUCCCUUCCAAUUUGGAUCUCUCCAACCGGAGUUGGCAAAGCUGGUGGACCAGAAGGCGAAAUAGCUUUGAGCAAAGCAGCAGCCGAGACAGGGAUCAUCCAGACAAUAUCGACCAAUUCAUCGUUCCCAUUGACGGAGAUUCUCGACGCUGCACCGGAGUAUCCGUUCUUCUUUCAGCUGUACAUUAACAAGGACAGGAGGAAAACCGAGGAAUUGCUUCAAGUUGUUAACAGCAAACCGCAGAUCAAGGCUCUUUUCGUCACUGUCGACCUCCCUGUCGUCUCAAAGCGAGAAGCCGAUGAACGUCUGAAGCACGAUACCUUCUUAUCUAGCAGUCUGAGCGGCUCUCAGUCGUCCAGUGACCAGAAGGGAUCUGGUCUAGCGCGAAGUGUUGGCUCUUUCAUUGAUCCUAGCUUCUGCUGGGAUGAUCUGAACUGGUUGCGACGACAUACUGCUUUACCAAUCGUCCUAAAAGGGAUUCAGUCUGCUGUGGAUGCAAGAAUUGCCAUGCACAUGGGCUGUCAAGGUAUCGUUGUCUCCAACCACGGAGGACGGGCGCUUGACGGUGCGCCAGCAGCUAUCCUUGUGCUGCUUGAGCUGCAAAAGGAGUGUCCGGAGGUAUUCGACCAUAUGGAAGUCUUUAUCGACGGCGGCAUUCGGCGGGGAUCCGACAUUCUGAAGGCGAUGUGUCUUGGAGCAAGCGGCGUGGGACUAGGACGCCCGUUCCUUUACGCUCUGAAUUAUGGCAAGCCAGGAGUCGUGCACCUCAUCAAUCUACUGAAAGAGGAAGUUGUGACAGCCAUGCAGUUAUCGGGACUUACCAGUUUAGAGGAAGCCGAUCCAGCGAUGGUGAAUACCGCCGAGGUUGACAUUCUUAUCCCUCGAGGAUCUAGUCAUCCCUAUGCGCGAAAGCGUAGCGGGAUACGAAGGCCUUAUCACUUAUGAAAAUGCACGGCGUCCAAGGUUCGUCUAGAGGUCACUGCUUCCCAUGACUCAUGUCUGCCGAGGCGCCCACCUCGCUGAGCUUGGACUGGAAAAUGAGUAUGGUAAUCUUGAAAGGGCUUUUUGGCAGGCGAUUUAAGACUGGACCUUGUGCGAUGUAAGUGGCUUGAGAAGACACAUCUCAGAGUUGGAUGUCAGAUAGCACGAGUUUUGGCUUCUUCACCACGGUUGAGGCCCGAGUGUUGGUAUUUUUCUGACAAGUCCGUCUUCAUAACUCUAAAGCCGCAACCAUCACACUGCAGAAGUACAUUU